GAAUUCGCUGUAGCUCAGCGAGGGAGCUCUUGGGAGCGGCUCUGGCAUUUUAUUUUAUUUUAGCCAGAAGCUAAUCAUAGAAUCUUGGAAGGAACCCCGAAGGUCCUCUAGUCCAACCCUCUUCAAUGCAGGAAUCUGAGCUAAAGCAUCCAUGACAGGUGGCUGACCAACCUCUGUUUAGAAACCUCCAAGAAAGGAGAGUCCACCACCUCGGAAGAAAUAAAUUCAUCUUAAAUUAGCAGUACAGACAAGACGAGCAAAAUAUGGAAAACGGUGUUCGUAAAAAGAUGCCAAAGAGAAAAUCAAGGAGGGACUUCAGAAAGAAACUGGGAGAACCAGAUGUAUCAGGUAUUUUGAAAGUUCUCCAAACUGACCAAGCAGAGGAACCUGAUGAAUUAUUUGGUGAACCUUCACAAGAACCUUUACAUAGCACCGCUGUGUCUGCUUAUGAGGAAGAAGAUCAGUAUUCAGAUGGGUCAACAAGCAGUUCAUCAGAUUCUGAGCCAAAAAAGAAAGAUACUAGAGGAAGCAAAUGUCAGCAUAUCUUGAAAUCAAGAUCAGAGAGAGAAGUUUCUGAAGAGGAACCUGUGCAAGAGAAUAUGAGAGCCACAGAGUCUACAUCCAGCACAGAGGACUAUAGAUUAACAUCUCCGCUGCCAGUAAGAUGCAGCUCUUCAGAAUGCAGAAUAUCAGAUAACAUUCCAGAUCUUGUGGAGGACUUGAAUACUGAUAAGAUGCCUAUUAUGAGUGCUGAAUGCCACAAGAAUCAGAAAGAGGCUUGUUCACCAGAGAUGGAGACAGAUUACUCAGAACCGAGAGAAAUGGAGUUUUCAGCCGGCGAAGCUGUCAAACGGGUGCCAGAUCCCGUCCAGGGAGGAUUUCGGUGCCAGGAAAAAUUUCCCGGAGUGGGCCAGUCCAUCAUUACUGCCCCAAGAACCAGCCGGAUGGCGUAUGAGUAUCAAGACUUGCCACGACAAAUGCGGGAAGCAUCUGUGGAGGACGACGACCUGGAGCGUCCGUCCCGUGAAAGUCGCAGACCAGUGAGACGUCGUUCGCCUAGUCCAGUCCGGGUCUACUCGCCAGUAAGAGCUUGGGAAACCUGUGGGUCGGCGCGACGGUACGAGGAGGAGGAGGUAGAACCAUACCCCCAACCCUCGCGUGGAUACGCAGAGGAGGGACUUCAGCAUCCGGAUGGACAGGUGCCCUGUUAUCGUUAUGCCUCAAGAUAUGACUGUAGCCCAGAACUGCAGGGAGCAAUUCCAAGACAGGCUCCUCAAGGGUUUCCUUUGAGCAACUUUGACUUGCGUUUGUUUCCUACAUACCAGCCCCCCACAGACGUUUUUAGUUAUUUAACUCUCUUUGAAGUGACCUGUCGGCAUAUGGGGGUGCCCUUGAGAAUGUACAUGACUAUUUUGCGCUCCUUAAUUUGUGGGGAGCUAGUUGAGCUGAUGGCCCAUCUCCCUUUGUCCCAGGCAAAUGACUAUGAGCGUUUUAAAAGGCUGGUGAUGCAGAGGCCUGGGUUUCAUGCUGAAAAUUAUAGACGAGCUUUCCGGAAGGUGGAUAAAUGCAACCCCUCAGACAGUAUUUCUGUGUAUUCUUCGAAAAUGGCUCAAAAUUUUGAAUUAUGGCUUUUGGCUGAAGGCGUUGAUACUUUUGAAGGACUAAGGCAAUUGCUGUUAAAAGAACAAUUUAUGCAACAAUUGCCCCCUGAGAUUGCAAGCCUAGUCGCAAAUCAGCAUCCAGCUACUUUGGAGCAAGCGACCCAGCUUGCAGAAUCGUUUAAAUUGAAGCGGUCCCAUCUGACGAACAGGGGACAGCCGGGAGGGAACAGACCAGCGGCGUCGGCUCCAGCCGGAAGAUCUGCUCCCCCAGCUAAGGAACAAAGUAAAGCCACCCCCAUGCCUACAAAAGACUCUUCCAUAGCGGGGGGUGACCGCUCGAAACUUGCUCCUAGUUCGGGACUGUGCUUUUAUUGUAAAAAGCCUGGCCAUGUGAAGGCAGCUUGCCCUCAGUUGAAUGGUAAAAAGCCCCCAGCCUUGACAUCGACCCCUGCAGUGCGUAUGAUUCAGCGACCGGCGGAGGACUGGGAGGCUGAGCAGCAAAGUUCAGGAACUGAAGAAAAACCAGUCCCAGAUGGGAGGGGUGGGGCAGCGCCUGAUGCUAUAAUUCCCAAGACUGCUGGAACCACUUCUAAUGCUGUUACAGUGGGGCCACUGAGUACAGGGGCAGGACCGAGGGUGCCACAUGUUAAUUGGGCUAAUUUAAAAUUUACAGCACCCAUUGAGAUCAAUGGAAUUGCUGUGAACUCUUUCCGAGACACGGGUUCUGAUAUCACCAGCGUGUCUAGAGAUCUGGUUUUGCCCAUACAGAUGCAGCCUGACCCCUUGAAGAUCAGCCCAUAUGGCGUAGAUGAGAUUUUCCAACCUACCGCCAUUGUUCCAGUGUCCUAUAAAGGCUACACUGGAAAUCAACUUGUUAUAGUUCAUGAUCCUGAAGUGUGUAAAAGCCCUGUUCUGGUGGGAAAUGAUUUGGGAUUUAAGGUUCACCCACAGCAAAUAUCGGUGAACUCUUUGUCAAUUAAGGUCUCACCCACCCAGGCACAGGUGAUGGAAAACUGGGGAAUGACACCUCAAGCUUUGAGGGCUGAGGGAAGCCUUGUCCCAGAUGGGAUGGGUGGAGGUUUGGCGCCUGGUGCUACAAUUCCCGCAACCACGGGGACUGCUAAGACUGCUGUUCCUGAGAACCCGGUUGGGGAAGAGAGUUGGCUUAAUAAGUACCGCCACUCCUUGCGUUCAUUGGUCCAACUCAGCGUCUAAUGCACCCCCCAGUGCUCACAUUCGUCGAAUUGCUGUGCCUUCCUUUCGAGGCAAAAACUCUGAUACUGUGACUGUACCAAAUGACUUAGUUUUUGUCCCAGCUGAUUCAGUCCGAUUUUCGGAAAAGUAAUUCUAGUGGUGGAAAAUUAAUCCCCCAACCUGCAGCCAUUGAUCCAGUUCCCUCCAAGGAUUUUAAGGGGGAUCAUUUUGUUCCAGUCCCCGAACCCCAAGUUUGUGCAAACCCUACUUUGGGGGAAAGUGUUUUGAAAUCUACAGUUCCUUUCCAGCAGCUUGCAGCAAGCCCCCUUGCAACGCAGACUGAGAAAGAUGCAAGCGUGUCCUGAUAGCUGAGAGUCAAGAAGAGGAAGGGGGCCACCUCAGCCUAGCCAAACCCUUCGAGAGUUGUGAGACUCUUGCCAUGACGGGGGAUUCUCUGUUGUUUGAAGUAAAGCAGAGAUUUGGUCAGUUUCUCCUAGGUUGCCUAGAAGCUGCGGAAAGCCCUCCUUGCGAGACUGACUCUGUCUUUUUUUGUGUCUAAAAAAGAAUUUUUCUAUCCACAGCUCAAGGACUUUAAAGACCCAGUCGAUAUGUUUAAUGUUUUUCAAAAUAUGUUUUGUAAUGUAAGUGGUUUUGUUAAAAAGAGAAUGAAAUUGGUGGGUCCUUUACAACAUUUCAGUCCUGGGAAACAGCAUGGUUGUGUUAUGAGUAAAAUUGUUUUCACGUCUGGUGGGAUCAUCAGCCUGCCCAACCCCUUUGUUCAAAAUCUGCUGAAAACUUUGGUUGAGCUUUACCAAAGGAGCUCAGAGUUUGUGUCAAACCAGUCAGGUUUUGCCAAGCUCCUAGAUAAUCCUUUGUCCAUGCUCAGAGGGAGAUGGGAGGAGAUUGAGUUAAUUUUUCUCAAUUCGUGGCCAGAACGCCUUAAGCAUGUGCAGAGGGUUUUGGCACGAUUGCGAGAGAAGUGUCUAAAUGUAAGUUUGCUCAAGGAGAAGUGAUUUACUUGGGAUUUAGAGUGGGGUCGGGAAACAUCAAAUCCCUGGAAGCCAAAAUCCAGUGUGUGCAGGAAUGGCCCCAACCACAAACCAAGAAGGGUGUACAAUCUUUUCUAGGAUUGGUCAAUUAUUAUCAGAGGUUUGUUAAUCAUUUUGCUACUCUAGCUACUCCCUUGACCAACCUGUGUAAGAAAGCUCUGCCAAUCAAAGUGGAUUGGACUGAUGAUUGUCAGCGAACCUUUGAGUUGUUAAAACAGGCUCUUGUGAGUUCGCAGGUGAUGCUAGCCCCUGAUCAGUGGCGUCCCUUGUGGUGCAAACCGAUGGCAGUCAAACAGGAUUGGGAGGGGUUUUGCUCCAACAAGACAAUGAGGGGAGUUGGCGACCGGUGGUGUAUCUGAGCAAGAAAUUGCUACCCCGGGAGCAAAAUUAUUUUACUGUUGAAAAGGAGUGUCUUGCUCUGGUCUGGGCUCUAACUAAACUCCGUCCCUAUCUGUGGGGUAACACCUUUGAAGUCCAGACCGAUCACUCCCCCCCCCUUUCCUGGGUGGAAAGAGUAAAAACUCUAACCAAAAACUGCUCAGGUGAAGCUUAACCUUACAGGAUUAUCCAUUUAAGAUCACUCAUAUCCCUGGAAAGGAGAAUGUGGUUGCUGAUACUCUUGUCACGUAUGUACCAGUCUGUAAAGUGAAUUGUUGACGUGUGAAUGAUGUUCCACUUGAGUAUUUCCAAAAUGUGUAAAUAUUUUGUUUUGAUGAAAUUUAGGGACUUAACCCUGUAAUUUCAUCUUGGAGGGGAGGGUGUAGUGAAGUUAGGAAAUUUCAAUAGACAAACUUUGGUCAAGCUGAAGAAAAGCACUGUGGGAAGACCAAAGGCCAAAGGAUUUAUGGGAAAUGUGUCCUUAAGCUGCAGACUAGCUGUCUCUGGGAGUGUGAAUGCUUAUCUCAGGCAUCUGCAGGAAGGAAAAACCUCUAGUUGAUUAGUAGUGAUUUAACUCCUGGUUACUAAGUGUCCUCCCGGUGUGAACAUGGGUUAUCAAGCCUCAUUACAGGAGAAGGAGGACCUGGUGUGUCUCUGAGAAAUUUGGGGAGGAAACUUUUGAUCCAAGGUCUUGAGAACCAACAAGCCUCAGCUGUCACAAGCUGAGUUAUUAUCCAACUAGCUGAACAUUGGUAAAUUUUAAAUUAAUCAAGAGUUCUUAUUGGUUUUGUGGUCCGAUUCCACGUGGGGUUUUACAGAAAAAAAAGCCUAGGAAAGGGGUUUUGUGCGCGCACCUCAUCCGCCCUUCUGUCAGAUACCACCAUGCUGACAUUCCAACUUGCUACAUUCAUAUGCGUGUCCUUUGUGAUGAAGAUUCCUAUUGUCUUCUUGAGAUGCGGAUGCAACCGAGGACUUUUUGAAUUGCUCUAACCUUUCUUAUGUUCUCGUUUUUUUGUAACUAUGUUUAGCUAGCAAUGCUUUACAAUGUUGUUGUUUUUCUGUCUAAAACGUUAUGAGAGAUGUGCCUACUUUUAAGUAUGUUUAACCUUGUUUUUUAAAUAAAUUUUAAAGAAAAGAGGA